AUGGCAUCCUCAGAGGUCGACACAAAGUUCCUUGGCCAAUUUGCCAAAAAUAUUCAAUUGGACCACCCACUGCUGGCUCAAAAUCUAUUUCAGAUUUUGGGAAAUCUCACCAUGCUCUCCAAGAUGGUUGUGAAAGCGCGAAAACUCAGACGACUCGACACAACCCGUGAUACGAAAUCCGUCGAACUAUAUACUCGAAUCAUUUGGUACGCAAAAGAAGGUUUGAAAAUUCUAGAACAAUACGUUCUACCUUUAGUGGCAGGUUUCGGAGAGUUAAGAGUCCUCGUUUAUAAACUGAGAGCGAGUUAUUAUCAUCUCUAUGUUCUCUUCCACAAUACCCCUGCGAUCACUCUCAGGACUCCCAAGAUCUCUACACCACCUGGUUUGACAUCUCCGCGCUAUAAAGAAAAAGGCAAAGGGAUCGACAAUACCCUACCACCCGACCCACAUCGUCCAUCCAGCAUUCAACUAACCCACGCUCUCGAAGGCGGACCCGUCGGCGGACCACCCGGUCUCUCUCUCCCACCAGAUAUCACAGGAAGUUUCCUCAUCCCCGCUCUCGAUUACCGUCCCUUCGCAACCCAGUGUUUCGAAGACGCAUCCAUCCUUGCUGAUCGCCAACUAUGGGGUUCUCACCCUCUGCGUCUAUCUGUAAAAGUCGAAUAUACUGCAUUUAUAUAUGAUUGUCUGGAUGAAGCGAAUCGGUCGAGAGAAUUGGCCCGGAAGACAAUUAAUGAAGUCUAUAACGCAGAUGAGGGAAUGGAUGAUGAUAUGUUUGAAGAUGCGGCAGAAUUGGUAAGUAUACUGGGGAAGAUGAUGAAGAGGGGAUUGGGCACAGCCACGAGCGCGGGAACUAGCACAGUGGGUGCGAGUGGAAGUGAUGAGGGUACUGUGAGGGGAAGGGGAGGGGAAUUGGAGAGAACACCGAGAUUACAUGGGGAUACAUUACCGCCGAUGCAUAACCCAAUUUGA